AUGGAGCCUGACUCCACCGCUCUCACUGCUUGGACUCGUUUGGCUGAUAUUUUCUGGGAUAAUCAGAACGCUCGUGCUGUCACGCUAGAGCAGGAUUUCUCUAAUGUUCGCAUGGAGGCAUUUCCGACUGUCGCCUCCUACUGUCAGUGUCUGAAGACGCCGCUUUCUGACCAGCUCCGUGAUGUCGGUGCUCCUGUGAACAAUCAUCGUCUAGUUUUGCAUCUCAUCUCUGGCCUCACUGACGCUUAUAAGGGUGUUGCUACUUUGAUUCGUCAGAGCAAUCCGCUCCCCUCCUUUCAUCAGGCUCGCUCCAUGCUUACCUUGGAGGAAGCCGGUAUGGCUAAGAUGAAACCUGCUGAACCUCCAGCUGCAUAUGUUGCUACUCAGCCGCGUCCUUGCGAUGCCUCUUCUCAGAGUUUCGAUCGUCGGUCCUCCAAUCGUUCUCGAUCCCACAACUCUAAGGGUCGUGGUGGGAAUCGUGGCAACGGUGGUGGAUCCCGCAGUGGCACCUCUCAGGGCUUCUCUCCUCCGAUGCCACCUCGGCCGCAGUACUUUCCAUACCAGCAUUGGGGAUGGGCCCCACCUCCAUGA